AUGGGAAACAAAGGUUCAGAGGGUGCAGCAUAUAACAACCUUGGCAGUGCGUAUCACCGUCUCGGUGAUCAUAAAAAAGCAAUCGAAUUUCAUCAGCAGUCUCUUAGUAUAGCAAAAGAGAUUGGAGACAAACAUUUAGAACAAAACACGUACUUAAGUCUUGGCUCUCCUUUUUACAACCUUCAUGAUUACCGUAAGGCUGAAGAUUGUUAUGAAUCCAGUAUAAAAGUGUUUGAGGAGAUGAGAUUUCUUCUUCAAGAGAAAGACGAAUGGAAAAUCAGCUUUCGGGAUCAAUUAAAAACGUACAGUUAUUUGUGGAUUAGUCAGUUACGACAAAGAAAAAGCAAAGAGGCCCUUUUAACAGCUGAGAGGGGACGAGCGCAAGCUCUCGCUGAUCUGAUGGAAUCACAGUAUGGCGCAAAAUCAACUCCAUCAGAAUCAAAAGAGCAGAUUGAAAGAAUAACUAACAUUUCAAGCCUUAUUUCAUCGCCCAUGGCAUUUCUUGCGGAAGCUUUCGAGUCAGUGUUCUUCUGGGUGUUGCAAAGGGACCAAGAGUGGCAGUUUAUUAAGGGCAGAAAACUCAGUUGUACCUUGGAAGAUAUGACUAACAAAGCAUACGAACAAAUUCGUGCUACAAAACCUGCCAGGUGCGAAGACCGUUCAUUGGAUGAUCCAGACAACGAAUCUAUUGAAGAUUCAUCCAAUAGGGAUGCCAAUGAAAAAGAAUUUACAUCGUCACAAGCUGGGGGUGAUGCUUUAAAGGAAUUGUAUAAUGUGGUUAUUGCUCCGAUUUCACACUUGAUAAAAGAUGAGGAACUUAUCAUUGUUCCUGAUGGUUCAUCAUUCUUGAUUCCUUAUGCUGCCCUUUUGGAUCAAAAUUCCAGGUAUUUGUCUGAAACGCUGAGAAUUCGAAUGGCUCCGUCACUAACAAGCUUGAGGCUGCUGUCAGAGUGUCCAGAGGGGCGCCAUUGUACAACUGGUGCACUGCUUGUUGGUAAUCCGUGGAUUGAAACUGUACGCAUCGAAGGAGAGAAAAUUGAGCAGCUUCCUGGCGCUGAAAAAGAGGUAAAAAUGAUUGGUGAGAUAUUAAACGUUGAGCCUCUUAUUGGAAAAAACGCUACAAGAGAACAAGUGUUAAGCAAGCUGAACUCAGUUUCUUUAGUUCACAUUGCAGCUCAUGGUUCUGCAGAAAGGGGUGAAAUUCUGUUGUCACCUAAUCAUGGCAGCCCUAAUCCUCCCGAAGAGAAAGACUGUCUUUUGACGAUGACAGAUGUGUUGAAUGCAAAAUUGGACGCCAAGCUUGUUGUCUUGAGCUGCUGUCACAGUGGACGAGGGAAGAUCAAGGCUGAGGGCGUGGUUGGUAUUGCACGUGCCUUUUUAGGAGCCGGUGCGCGUUCUGUUAUUGCGUCACUUUGGGCGAUUGACGACGAAGCCACUCUGACGUUUNUUGAGCUGCUGUCACAGUGGACGAGGGAAGAUCAAGGCUGAGGGCGUGGUUGGUAUUGCACGUGCCUUUUUAGGAGCCGGUGCGCGUUCUGUUAUUGCGUCACUUUGGGCGAUUGACGACGAAGCCACUCUGACGUUUAUGAGACACUUUUACGAACAUUUGGUCAAGGGGCAGAGUGCAAGUAAGUCACUGCACGAGGCCAUGAAAAUGAUGCGGGAGUCAGACGACUUCAAUGCCGUGAAGUACUGGGCAACAUUUAUGCUGAUUGGCGAUGACGUCACUUUAAAUUUGGACCAAUGA